UGAAAAGUUAAUGGUAUAUAUGAUGCCACACAUUCCUACACACACAAAUCUUCAACUUUAAAAGCACCAAUAUAUGUUACCAAAAUGAACAACAUCACACACAGAAAGAACAGCUACCAUGAGUAAAAGCACUUUUGCGUGCUGAAGCUGGCUCCUUCUCUUUCCUUAUUCUUUACACAUCGCUACUCCGAAAAGCAGAAAUAUUCUGAGAAUCAAAUUCACCAAGCCAAUUAAUUAACCGCCACCAUGGAAGCUGAAGCUAAUCCUGAACAAGCAGAUCAUCUGUUUUCAUUACCAGUAGAUGCUGAUCAAAAGGCCACAGAGUUUAGGCUAUUUUCAAUUGCGCCACCGCACAUGCUCGCCUUCCACCUUGCAUGGCUCUCUCUCUUCUCCAACUUCUUUUCCACCUUCUCCAUCCCUCCCCUCCUCGCCGUCAUCCGCGACGACCUCAAUCUCACGGACACGGACACCGGCAGAGCCGGCACGGCCGCCUUCCUCGGCUCCAUCUUCUCCCGCAUUGCCAUGGGCCCCAUCUGCGACCUCGUGGGCCCGCGCAUCGCCAUCGCCACCGUCUCCCUCAUCACCGCUCCCGUCAUCCUCUCCACCUCCCUCAUCUCCUCCCCGCACUCCUUCAUUGCCCUCCGCUUCCUCACCGGCUUUUCGCUCGCCAACUUCGUCGCCAACCAGUUUUGGAUGAGCUGCAUGUUCUCCGGCUGCGUCGUCGGCCUCGCCAACGGCUUCUCUGCCGGCUGGGCCAACAUGGGAUCCGGCGUCACCCAGUUGGUCAUGCCCCUCAUUUAUACUCUCAUCAUGUCCUUCAACGUACCGUCCUUCACAGCUUGGAGGCUUGCAUUUAUUGUGCCCGCAGUUUUCCAAGCUGUCACAGCCUUAUUGGUCCUGGCUUUCGGGCAAGACGUACCUUCUGGGAGCUACAGAAGCUCGAAGAAGGUUAAUAUUGGCAGUAAGUCCGAAGACAAAGAGAGCUUGUGCAAUGUUUUCUGUCACGGGGCCAAGAAUUACAGAGCUUGGAUUUUGGCUUUGACUUAUGGGUUCUGUUUUGGGGUGGAGAUGACGACUGAUAAUAUUAUAGCUCAGUAUUUCUACGACAGGUUUGAUGUGAAUAUUCAAGUGGCGGGGAUCAUAGCGGGGAGCUUUGGGUUGGCGAAUUUCUUUUCGAGGCCGAGCGGAGGGUUGGUUUCUGAUAGGAUGGGGAGAAGGUUUGGGAUGAGAGGGAGGCUGUGGGGGUUGUGGGUGACGCAGACAGUGGCUGGGUUGUUGUGCUUGUUACUCGGGCGAGUCAACUCGCUCUGGGGAUCCAUACUUGUCAUGUGUGCCUUCUCUGUCUUUGUUCAAGCAGCCGCGGGCCUCACGUUUGGUGUGGUUCCCUUUGUGUCCAAAAGGUCACUAGGUGUGGUAUCUGGGAUUACAGGCAGUGGAGGGACUGUAGGGGCGGUGAUAACCCAGCUGUUACUGUUCUCAGGCCCUAAGUUCUCCAAGCAGACAGGCAUUUCUCUGAUGGGUAUCAUGAUGAUUGUGUGCACUCUCCCAGUCUCCCUUAUCUACUUUCCUCAGUGGGGUGGAAUGUUCUGUGGCCCUUCCUAUGGCUCUGAUGAUCGUCUCAAUGGACCAGAAACUGAUGAAACAAACCAUUAUCGCUUGCUCAAAUAAAGAAUUUAUCUAACACGGCCUUCAUUUCAUUUGAGCCUCAAGUUUCAUAUGAAGCAAGUACAAGUUGAUCCAAUUAUGUAAAGUGGUCACGUACAGUUACUGUAAAGAGCAAGCUUGUGAAUGUUCAUAUGAAUUAGCCUUUCUGAAGAAAA